AUGUUGACAUUCCCUUUACCACUCUUUUCUUUCCUCCUCUUCUCCAUCACCACCACCACCACCGCCGCCGCCCAACCAUACAAGCCCACCGACUACUUCCUCCUCAACUGUGGUGGUGCAACCGCCACUACCGACCGGAAAUGGGACACCGAUGAACGUUCCAAGUUCAUGCCCUCCACCACCACCUCCUUCAAAUCCACCCCGAACAACCGCGAUCCUUCCGUCCCGGAAAUCCCGUACUCCACUGCACGAAUCUUCAAAACAUCAUUCACCUACACUUUUCCGGUGGCCAAGGGCCCUAAAUUCCUCCGCCUCUAUUUCUACCCCGCUACAUAUUCCCACUACAAGGCAGACCAAUCUUUCUUUUCUGUAUCAUCAAACGGUUACUCUCUCUUAUCCAACUUCAGCGCUUUCCAAACCUGGUCCUACUUGCGAACCAGACGCACCCAUUCCAAUAAGGUUCCCCACUUUGUAAAGGAAUUCAUCAUCUAUGUAAACCACACCCAAACCAUAAACAUCACGUUCACCCCCUCACCCGAAUCAUAUGCGUUCAUUAACGGUAUCGAAAUUGUUUCACAACCGGAAUACUUAUAUUAUAAAUCCAAAAACAUAAAAUACAUCGGUCUAUCUUCCGGACCCAUGAUCACAGAGAACACGUGUCUCGAGAAUAUUUACAGGUUAAACGUCGGUGGGGAGAAGAUCUCCCCCAUCCAUGAUACCGGGAUGUAUCGAUCGUGGGAUCAAGACGAUCCAUAUUUGUUCCCAGUUCGAACAGUAACCCAGGUUUACAAGAAUCCGAUAGUCUACACAGCUGACACACCGAAUUAUACCGCACCUGAGUUAGUAUAUGCUACGCAAAGAAGCAUGGGUGCUUCUUCUGAAAAUCGCAAUCUGACGUGGCAGCUUCCGGUUGAUUCUGGAUUUUAUUACAACCUUAGGCUCCACUUUUGUAAUAUUAUACCGCAAUACAGGCGCAAAUCUGCGCUGAUAUUUAAAAUUUUUAUUUCGAAUCAAACGGCUAUAGCUGGAAGAAAGCGAGAUUUGUGGCUCGCGAUGGGUCCUAACCGUGAUGACUCGGAAGAAUACUAUGAUGCAUUUUUGAACGGUUUGGAAGUUUUCAAGCUUAGCAUGAACGGUAGUCUCGCUGACCGCGACUCGGAGCUCCGCCCUACAGUACCACCGCCGCCGUCAUCUCCCGUGAAAAACAAAACUCUGCCGUAUGCCGCCAUAAUAGGCGGUAUUGGCGGAGCGUUAGUACUCUUGUUGUCAACUUCUGGUUUUAUCGUUUUCCAGCGAAUGAAACACUCCGGUGACAAGUCAUCCGGUGAGCAAAAAUCAAAAGAUAACCGCCUUCCGUCCGAGGUGUUGUGUUCGAGGCCAGUGAUCAUAAACCGAGGUGUGUCCGAUGAAGAGGUGAAUUUGGCUGAAUGGGGUAGGUUAAACUAUGGAAAGGGGACGUUGAAAGAGAUACUUGAUAAGAGAAUAAGUGAUGAGAUUGCUCCUAAUUGUUUGAUGAAGUUUGGUGAGGUUGCGAAUAGUUGUUUAAGAAUGAAAGGGAGUAAACGUCCGAAGAUGGAUGAAGUUGUUUGGGGGUUAGAGUUUGCAUUGCAGUUACAGGAGGCGGCUGAGAAAAGAGGUGAUAUGGUGGGUGAGUUGAUAGGUGGCAUGUCGGAAAAUCAAGAAUAUAUGUUUCCUGUGAAAGGAGAGGACGUGAGUGUAAAUGAGGAGUAUGAGUUUGAGGGGUCGACUGGAGUGGGAAUACAACAUGGAUUGGUGUCGACCGAUAGCAGCAGUCGUGAAGGAUUAGUGUCGGAAACGGUUUUACCCCGAUGA